GGGACCCGCUCGGUGUCCGGCGCUCUGCGGCGGGGCUGGCGCGGCCCUCCCUGCCGGGAGCAGAAGAUUUCGUCCGACUGUCGUGACGAAGGUCCGGGGUCCGAACGCGCUGAGGAGCCCGGCCGUGGCGGCUCAUGCCCCCGCGUCGUAGGGCGCUGCGGCCCAGAGAUGGACGUGGGCGAGCUCCGAGGCGGCCGCUCGGAACGCAGCGGCAGUUGGUCAGCGGCCGGCGCUGCUGCGGGCGAGCAGGAGGCGGCGUUGGGCCCCGCGGGCGCGGGGGGUCGGGCGGGAGAGCGGCGCACGGUGUGCGCGGAACCCGUCUCGAGCGGGAAGCAGUUCAGUGGGCCAGACUCCAACGGAACAGAUUUCUGCAGCCCUGAGUCAAAUGGCCGAAGUUUCGUGAAGCAAAGCAAAAUUAACAGUGAGCAGCUGAAUUGGAGCCAGUCUCACAGAGAUCUGAUGAUGAUGAUCCAAGAAAUGAAAAGGUGUUUGCCUGAAGAGAAAAGGAGUUCCAGCAAGCCUAGUACCAUCAGUGCUCUCAACUACGCCCUGCAAUGUGUCCAACAGGUCCAAGCAAACAAUGACUUUUUCCAGGCUCUGAAUGACCGAAGAGUGUUUCAGACAGAUGUGAUGACAUACAGCAUAGAAGAGUUGGUGACAGUUGCAUCUGAGCACACUCCUAAAAACACUGACACGUUUGUGGCUGUGUUUUCCUUGCUUUCUGGACGCAUAGUGCAUAUUUCUGAGCAGGCAGCAUCCAUUCUAAACUGUAAGAAGAAAGUGUUGAACUCCUCUCGGUUUGUGGAACUACUUGUCCCUCAGGAUGUGAGUGUGUUCUACGCGCACACAGAUCAGUCCCACCUGCCACUUUGGAACAUGGAAAGUCAAACAGCGUCUCUGUAUGAAUAUGCCCAGGUGAAAUCCUUUUUCUGCAGGAUCAGGGGUGGUAAAGAUCAAGAACAAGAAAUGCGUAGUUACCCUUUCCGAAUCACCCCGUACUUGGUCCACGUGUGUACUUCUGUCCAUGUGGAUGCAGAAUCCUGCUGCUUAGCUUUGGCUGAGAAAAUUCACUCUGGAUAUGAAGCUCCUCGAAUUCCUAUGGAUAAAAGAAUCUUCACCACCACUCACACCCCUGGAUGUGUUUUUCUUGACAUAGAUGACAGAGCAGUGCCUUUGUUGGGUUACUUACCUCAGGAUCUAAUUGGAACAUCCAUACUGAUGUACUUGCACCCAGAAGAUCGUCCAUUGAUGAUUGCUAUUCAUCGGAAAAUUCUGAAAUUUGCUGGUCAGCCCCCUUUUGAACACUUACCUAUUAGAUUUUGUACUCAAAAUGGGGAUUAUGUCAUACUGGAUACCAGCUGGUCCAGCUUUGUGAAUCCUUGGAGCAGGAAGGUAGUGUUCAUCAUUGGCCGACACAAAGUCCGGACAAGCCCUCUGAAUGAAGAUGUGUUUGCUGCAAGAAGUAAAGAAACAAACAGUGUUGAGAAAGAGAUAAGAGAAUUGCAAAGUCAAAUUUACAAGCUCCUUCUGCAGCCUGUUCACAGCAAUGUUUCCAGUGGUUAUGGAAGCCUUGGAAGCAAUGGCUCUUAUGAGCACUAUAUCAGCAUAGCAUCUUCAAGUGACUCCAAUGGAAAUUGUGCUGAGGAAAUACAGGAACCAAUGACAUUGCAACAAGUUUGUGCAGAUGUCAACCGAAUAAAGAAUCUGGGACAGCAGCUAUAUAUCGCAUCAAGGAGCAAGCCACAGAACAGACAGGCUGUGAGCUCAGACAUGAUAGGAGGGAAGAGGUACACUGCUUCCUGUUUUCUUCAAACGCUGAGAAGUGAUAACACAGAAGACCCAGGCAGCACAUUUUAUGAUGAUUCAAAGAACACUCCACCUGUUCCUUCCUAUCAGCAGAUCAAUUGUAUUGAUAGUAUCAUCAGAUAUCUAGAGAGUUGCAGUAUUCCAGCACUGAAAAGAAAAUGUAAAUCAUCUGCAAAUACUUCCUCAUCUUCAGAAGAUGAUAAGCAAGUUCAUCAAUGUCAGCAGGAAGUGGAGGCAUUGGAAGUUAAUUCCCAAACUCCAGCAUCUGCUGAUGGAGAAGAGAUGAUGAAACACCAGACAACUGCAGGCAUGGUGAGAGCUCCUCUGGCAGACCUGACCCUGUCGAGCAAGGCUCCAAGCAUUGUGUCUGUCACCAGCCAGUGCAGUUACAGCAGCACUAUAGUGCAUGUCCCACACCCUGAAUCAGAAGUGACCACAAUGGAGGAUAUCACUAUUGGAAGUGAACAAAUUGAGCUGCCUCCCCCAAGUGCUCAGAGUCUCACUAUGGUGUCUGAGGACUUCAAGCCAGUUGGGCUAACAAAAGAGACAUUGUCAGCUCACACUCAAAAGGAGGAGCAGAACUACGUUGACAAGUUCCGACAGAGGAUCUUGCUCUCUCCAUUUAGGACUUACCUUCAACAGGAUGGCAGAAGUAACAACGGACGUUCCUGUGGCCAAGGAGAUUUCUCUUCAAAGCAGAUGAGCCCAGCUAGCUGUAAAAAAGGCAAACGUGGAAAAUUCAAACGCCAGAAACCUCAUAAACAGUCUUCAGAUAGCCACUCUUCUAGUAAAAAUAGAAAUAGUCUUCCAUGUGAGAAGAGAACAAUUCAGAAACGGUCAUUCUCUCCGUCAGAAGUGUCCUGUCUGAGCUCCUUCAGUAUGAAUGUCCUUCCUCCAACAGCAUUUCCCAUCUCUUCAGAUCCACCAUCUAUUUUUCCAGCCUCUUCUGUAGGAGAGGAGCUUGCACUUCACUCGUUGAAACCUGAGCCCAUGUCAUCGUCACAACUAUGCUGCGAAACACAGCCAUGCCCCACACUUUAUCCCCCAAACAUAGGCACGUUUAUGGCUGUGUUUUUUCCCAGUUUCCCUAUGUAUGCUCAGAUGCCACAAUAUGUCUUUCUUCCUAGCCAUCAGUGUGUUUAUCCCUCUUCUUCAUAUCCAUGUGUUCCACCACCUCCAGCCCCGCUUCCUUCUGCUCCAUCACCAAUAGCACUGCACUCUAUGGAUCAGCCCUUUCCAGCACCUUCUGCUGGAUCCUUGGAGGACCAGCAAGAGAGACAGGGUGACCAGGCUCUGCCACCAAGUAGCUCAAGGAACAGCUCCCCACUUCAGCUGAAUCUGCUUCAGGAAGAGCUGCCAAAACCUAUGGAGCUUUCCAUUAGUACUGAUGUUAAAGCACAUGCAGAAGCUAAAUGUGACAAUGAUGCUGAAGACAGUAGUAACAGUGCCAGCCAUUGUGCUGCUAGUGAAUUUACUGACCACUCACUGUAUGAGGACUCCCAGUUGGGUACAGGUUCAGCACCAUCAGGCAGUGGAUCGGCUUUAUCUGGUUCUUUAGGCUCGGGCUCCACCAAGACUUCUGGUUGUGGCACAGCAGGUAGUGGGAAAAGCAGCAAGUAUUUUGCCAGCAAUGAUUCCUCUGAAGCUUCCAAAGAAGAGAAGAAUCGGAAAGCAGAAGUAAAAGGGACAGCUCAUAAAUCUAAACAUGAGUCAGCCUGGGUGAUGAUGGAUCACACACCUGAGCAAGUUCUAAUGACUUACCAAAUGCCAAACAGAAUUAAAGAGGACGUUUUAAAGGAGGAUCUGGAGAAGCUGACAGUCAUGCAAAAGCAGCAGCCUUGGUUUACGGAUGGGCAAAAGAAGGAGCUUGCAGAGGUGCAUACGUGGAUCCGGACCCAGACUGUCCCACUGCAAAUCAGCACCCGAGUAAGGAGUGGGCUGUGUUACAUGUGACAUCAGGGGAGCGAGUUGUGAGGCUGCUGUGGCUGCCAACAAUAUGGAAAACAGGGGAAAAUCGCCUCCACUCCCGCAACAUUGAAGACAUCAGCACUUGUGUCAGUAAAACUGCAAGGUGUAAUUUCUGUUCUCUUUUCCUUUGUGAAUCUAUCUGGCUAUCUCUUCCCAAUAAGAGCAACUGCACCCGUGAAACUAAAUCUUUCUCCACUAGCCCUAUGUGCCGGGCAUGACUUUGAAGACAGUCUUUCACUGGGAAUCUGUUUCCCUUCCUCACCAACCAGACUUGGCACAGAAUGUGUUACAUUACUAAGUUUUGUUUGCUUAUUACUGAACAAAAUAUAAAGGGGUUUUUUUUGUUUUGGGUUUUGUUUGAACUUGGCAAGUAAGAGUCUUAAAAGAUGCAGUGGUUAAGAACUUCCAGUGGUGAACCUAGCAGCUCAGAGCAUGUUUACUCUCCAAGGUAAAUGUGUUGAAACCAAGCCACAGCACAGUGUUCUUUAGUUUUGUUUAUUCAAUAUUUAAAGGUCUAAAAUGAAUCUCAUAACACUCUGAGGCUCUGAAAUAAACUGUAGCUGGUUUGAGAAUCUAAUAGGCUUUUUAAUGAGCCACUGAAAACUGGCUGAGUUAUUCUGCAUCAAAAUGCCUUUUGCCAGCUUGUGCUCAUCAAAAAAUGCAAAACUAUUCCCUGUACUUUUCAUAAUGAGCGUUUUGGAACCAAAUUAUUCUAUAGCUUUUGCUUUUAAAGCCAUGUUUCUCAAAAUAGGUAUUUAAAAUUGAUUGAGGGUCACGGGGUUUACAAGUACACUAGAGAUUAAAUUAGAGAUAGCAUUAAAAAAAGAAAAUAGAAGUAACACUUCAGGACUUUAUUUCCUUAUACCGGAUCUGCUUUCUAAUAAAAGAUAUAUGGAAAACCUUCUCUAUCAAGGCCCUCUAGCGCUAAUUGUCAAUUCAAGUAGCUACAAUUUUCUAUGUUGCCAGUGCUCUGGAAGGCGAAUUUGUGUCUUAAUUUUUUGUUGUUGUUUGUAUUAGAGUAGUUAGAUGAGUUGAAUCCAGACAUAGCUAAUAGGAAGUUUUAAACUGUUUCCCUGUUUUGUCUUUGUUGUGGUGCCAAAACCAAAAAGAAACAGAAAUUUACCUUCAUUUCUUCUGCUUUCUGGUAAGAUCACAUGUUGUUUAGCCAAACUUGAACACUGGUCCACAUAUUCAUUUUUUCGUAUCACUGCUGAUUUUCUAUACCAGUUUUAACCUGUUUCUUUAUCAUGGAAUCUCUAGCUGUUGAAAUCCACGCACAAAAAAUGAGUUUAUGUGUAGUGUGAGUUUAUUGUUCAGAAGGUGGUAGCCACUUCCAGUAAGUAAAAGGACUUGUUCUCAUGUUAACACUUCUAGCUUAAAGCUGAAUGUCUCAAAGUGCUCUUCAAACAGGCCACGCUUCACUAAAGCCUGGCAAAUUUUGUCUGAUUUCACCUUUGUCUAUCAAGAGCUGGAUGUUCAUAUAUUCCUUGUGGUGUCAUUAAUCACCUUAUCCUUCUCAACGGGGUUUUAGAAUGUAGUCCAGUUCUGGACUCUCCAGUUUAAGAGAGACAGGAAAAUUCUGGAGAGAGCCCAGUGGAGGGCUGCAAUGGUAAUGAGGGGAUGGCAACAUCGCUCUGAUGUAAUGGGCACAAGCUGGAACACAAAAAGUUCCAGUGGAACAGGAGGAGAAACUGCUUUGGUACUGAGGUGAGGGAGCCCUGACCCAGGCUGCCCAGGGAGGGUGUGGAAGCUCCUUCUCGGGAGGUUUCCAAACCCGCCUGGACACGUUCCUGUGCCCCCUGAUCGAGGGGAACCUGCUUUAGCAGGAAGUUGGGCUGGAGGAACUCUAGAGGUCCCUUCCAGCUCCCCUCAUUCUGUGAUUCACCAUUUUGUUCUGUGUAACUCUUCCUUUUCUGAUAUGGGAAGGAUUUUUCCUUUUUUUCAUUUACUAGUAAAUUUCAAGUUGUUAAUCUAAAAAUACUGUGAUCUACAGACCAGGAAAACUAUCUAAAGGUUUUUGUUACUUUAAUCGGUUGACGAUCUUUGUCAUUAAAGCUUGCUUCAAGGAAAGUUAUUUUUUACAGAAUCUAAUGCAGGCAGCAUUCUUUUGAUUUUUUUUUAAUUUUUUUUUUACAGUGUCCUUGCAGCUCUGUUUAUACCUAUUAAUACUAUUAAUAUUUAUUCUUAAGGUACAUUUCUUUAUUUGUCUUUGGUUUUUUUCAGCUUGAACUUGUUUUUCCUUGUGUUGUAAAUCAGCAGAGGUCCACACAUCCUCAGAGCUUUUUGUGUUCAGACUUGUAAUGCUUUUUGAAAUAAGGGACUUUGGUAGGCGUUUGUGUAUAGCAAGUUCUGUACUCGUGUAGAAAAAUGUGGGUGAUACCUUUUACUUUUCCUAGUCUUUUUUCCAGCACAUUCCAAAUACAGUAUUCCACUUCAUAACCACACUGCCUAAAGUAUUGGCUCUAAAACAUGUAAUAAGAUGGUUUGUGUAUAGGUUAUUUUCUUAAUUAGGGAUCUUCUUGACUAACUUAACUGUCGAAUUAGACUGAUGUGCUACAACCCAUUCCAGUUGUCUGUACUUAAACAAAAAAGACUGCUUUAAUGUAUUCUGAGACUUGGUGAAAGACAUUAAUUGGGAUACACCAGGUAAAGAUGGCACUCUCAUUUCCAAAAGUGUAAAAGGAAAGCUUAGGUAAUCAACUCUUACUGAACAUUAUUUCCACUGUUCACUUCCCAAGUACAAAAACUAGAUGGUUUGCAAUGUGUUUUAUAAAACAGUGGGACUUAGAUCAGGAGAAUGGUAAUAUAUAGCUAACACUUGAAAAAUGCUUCCAUCCUUUGGUCUGGAAACAUGUCAAAAAGACAACUUGUUAUCCAGGUUGUGUAAAAAGAGGCAGAGACACAAAGGACUUGCACAGAUACAGACCCCCAGUUCAUACCAAACCAGAACUAUAAUUUGGGGAUCAUCGCUGUAUCAUGUGCUCUGUGCUACAAGUGGUCAAGAUUCUGACUUGUAGAAACUUGAUUAUGUUAUAUGUUAUGUUAACCCAUCUUGUGCCACUUACUACUAUAAUUUUUUGCCCAGUAGGAUCAUACAGCAACAGAAAUCCUGGACAGUUGUUGUAGUGCUGGGAACACUAUACCCUCUGGCUGUUUAUAAUGAAGGUGCAUGUGCCUAGGAGUUUAAAUUCAGUUUGUAAUCCUGGCUAAGUCUGAGGUGCAAGAUUCUUUGCGUAGGGCUACACUAGUCUUGGCUUCUGGGAAAAAAAAAAUGAUACGGAAGAAGAAUAUAAGAGACGGAAUGAAAAGAAAGUAAUUUCCCAAAACCACAGUCAGUCGUGGCUGCAAACCCAGGUUUAGGACUUAAAACUUUCCCAAGCUACUCUUUACCCCGCUUGAUCCACAGCAUCUUAACAUCAAAUGCUUUAUCAGGCCUUUUGGGAAGGACCUUAUUUCCAUAGGUUUUGAGCAACUGGUAGUUUUUACUUCAACUUAAAUUAAUCUUUAGUCUUUGUAGUUUGAUGGGGUAGUUGAAGUGAGAUCCAGUUCUCUGAAAAACCAGUGGAUUAAGUACUGCAGCCAGAUUUGCACAUGCUGUUUUGUUGAUGUGACUUUGUUUUGGCUGGCAUGAUUAAAAUGUUGCAGACAGUUUAGAUCUGCUUACAAGGUCUCUUUUUUGGUGAUCAAAGGGAAAACAUAGAAAUAAAGUAAUGAUGCAGUUACUGCCCCCUGUGGGGGCAUUAGCAGUUUAUAAACCUGUGGUAGAUUUUGCUGGCAAUUUUUUUUGUAUUCAUAAAUAUAGAAUUAUGUUUUUAAAAGAUGAGUUGAUGUGUAGAUAUUUUCAUGGCAUUUCUAUGAACUGGAGGGACCCUAGUGUAUUUUUACAGUGUGAUAAAUAUUUGCUGAAUGAGUAAUGUGUUGGUAAGUUUAUCUUCCAGCUGAAUUCAGUUUUAAAUCACAGUGGAAUGAAUUUUUACAUGAGUUGAUGGGAAUAUUUUACUGAAACAAUAUUCAGCUGUGGUUGAACUUACAGUGUGAUUUUUAACUGUACAUUUUAAAUGAAUUUCUGUUUUUAUAAAUAAAACUGGAAAACAUGUUACAAAGAACUUUGAAGUGUGUAUUUAUGUUUGUUGUUGGUAAUUUCUAGAAAAUAGAUUUUUAAGAAAAUACUUCUUACUUUUUUCUGAUUGUACAUAGGUGCUGAGGUUGUGGGUACAGUGAAAACGGUCAUGUAGUGGCCAUUCAUCCUGUUGUGUGUUGUGUUUGUUGUUUGGGGUUUUCUUGUCUCAUUCCACUGUGCCCACUUCAGAAUGUGUUACUUCAUUUCUAUUUGCAAGUACUUUUUGAAUGUAAAGAAUUGUAUUCUGUUGGGGUUUGGUGUGCAGGAUUUAGAGCUUCUCUCUAUGCUGAUUUUUUUUACAAAAGGUAAACGAUAAACACUGUGGGAGCACUUUGUCCACACCACAUGAAAAUUUGUGUUCUGGAGAAGUACAGAAUUCUGUAGGAAUACAUAGGUUUAAUUACCAAGUGUCUCUCAUAGGCCAAUAAAGUUCUUGACUAAUGGAAAAUAAA